GAUAACAGCAAUGUUGACAACGGUUCAGGCAACGAUGUCAUCGCUCAGGCCCAGUCUGGUACCGGCAAGACCGCUACCUUCUCCAUCUCCACCCUUCAGAAGAUCGACACCAACUUGAAGGCGUGCCAGGCUCUCAUCCUCGCACCCACCCGUGAGUUGGCUCAGCAGAUCCAAAAGGUCGUCGUCGCCAUUGGUGACUUCAUGAACAUCGAGUGCCACGCCUGUAUCGGUGGCACCAGCGUUCGUGAUGACAUGAAGGCCCUCGGUGACGGACCUCAGGUCGUCGUCGGAACUCCCGGCCGUGUCCACGACAUGAUCCAGCGUCGCGUCCUCAAGACCGACAGCAUGAAGAUGUUCGUCCUCGAUGAGGCCGAUGAGAUGUUGUCUCGUGGUUUCACUGAGCAGAUCUACGACAUCUUCCAGCUCCUUCCUCAGAGCACCCAGGUCGUCCUUCUCUCCGCCACCAUGCCCCAGGACGUCCUCGAGGUCACCACCAAGUUCAUGCGUGACCCCGUCCGUAUCCUCGUCAAGAAGGACGAGUUGACCCUCGAAGGUAUCAAGCAAUUCUACAUUGCCGUCGAGAAGGAGGACUGGAAGCUCGACACCCUGUCCGACUUGUACGAGACCGUCACCAUCACCCAGGCUGUCAUCUUCUGCAACACCCGCAGAAAGGUCGACUGGUUGACUGAGAAGCUCACUGCCCGUGACUUCACUGUCUCCGCCAUGCACGGUGACAUGGACCAAGGCCAGCGUGAUGUCAUCAUGAAGGAGUUCCGUUCCGGAUCUUCUCGUGUCCUCAUCGCCACUGACCUUUUGGCCCGUGGUAUCGACGUCCAGCAGGUCUCUCUGGUCAUCAACUACGAUCUUCCCGCCAACCGUGAAAACUACAUUCACCGUAUCGGUCGUGGUGGUCGUUUCGGCCGAAAGGGUGUGGCCAUCAACUUCGUCACUGCUGACGAUGUGCGCAUGAUGCGUGAAAUUGAACAGUUCUAUUCCACUCAGAUUGAGGAGAUGCCGAUGAACGUGGCCGACCUCAUUUAAGCAGCAUACAUUUUUCCAAGACAACCAUCACCCAAGUUGACUCUGCCCGACUGAUCUGAAAACAUAAUAGUUUUGGGCUCGGCGUCGGGCCGGGGAGGCGCACCCCCAUACACACUCCCACUUCCGACAUACAACAAUCACCGUUUUCGAAACUUGUGCGCGCUCGACAUCCCUACCUGGACCUGUCGGCUCUCUUGCUGGCAGACGCAGGCAUGUAUCGGCUAGAGGAAGAGGACGCGGUCCCCGCCCCUCAUCCUUUGGGCUUUUAUGAUGAUGAUAGAGACUUGCUUUGGCGCGCUUCCUUGCAAAGGCGUAUUGCGAUUCGCGAUGCCAUCAAAAUGUUCCUUUUGCGCCUUCAUAGCGAUUUGGUACGUAGAUUAUGAGAGAGUCUGCUAAAUUGAAUUCGCUUGAAACAAAGUACUUUCUUGUGAUGGUCUUCGUUAGGUGUGACAGGCUCUG